AUAAAAAGGUCUUAACCUGGCGCCGAAAAACAUAUAAUGACAGUGCCAGGCAGACCUCUCUGGGGAGCGCAUUCCAUAGUUGUGGUAGCUAUGUGUGUGGAGGCUUCCCAUGUCCUGCCCCCACCAAAACCCCCACAAUUGCGGGUUUGGCAGCGUGCCAGGGUGCACCCUCUGUACUCAAGGAGGUGCAAGUUGCUCUUACUGGGGCAUGCAUGUGCUUAACAGGGAACAGGAUUGCAACCUUUGCAUCGGCAAAAGUCGAGUCAUGGGGGAAAUACUAUUAAAGAAAGACCUGUAAAACCAUGAGGCUUCUAGCAUAUAAUCCACUUGCUUCAAGGUCAACUUCCAGAUAAGCUCUGAUGGAAAAGAGGCAGCAUAUAAAUGGAAACUUGGAGCAGUGGUGCAUUCAGGGCAGGACUUUGGAUUAGAUAUCCAGAACCCUUCCCAGGAGAGUGAGCAAGAGGGCUGGUUUAUUGCAGUUUGAAGGAACCAACGUAUUGGACUAUUUUACCCAAAGAAACCUCCUGCUUUUCCCAUAAAAUAAUUAAGGACAGACGGUUAAAUUAUCAUCCGGUACUUACUGUUACAAACAGGGAUCUGCAUUUCUGCUCCUGCAAGGUUUUCUUUCUUUCUAAACCAUCACUUCUAACCUAACCCGGAAGAUGACAACGCAGGUCACAGUGGCGAGAAAUUCGCAAACAGGAACCAUAGGGCAUGAAGACUACAGUCUGUAUAGCAGCAUGAGUGAAGAAGAGCUCGUUCAGCUGGCCAUCGAGCAGAGCCUGUCAGAAGAUCCCGCAGAACAAAUAGCCACACAGAAGACAGUCACAGCAGCCCCCACUGACCCUUACUGUCAAAAUUUUUACCUUUACCCUUGGCAAAGGCGUGCUGCACAGUCUGGAAGCCAAAGCCAACCUUCCAGUUCAGGGGUCAGACGGAGGUACGACGGCAGCUUGUUCAGUCCGCCCCAGCCUGAAGUACUGGAUCCUGUGCUGUCGGCAAUCAAGGAAGGAGAUGAAGAGGCACUGCAUAAGAUGAUGCAGUCUGGAAAAAACCUUGCACAGCCAAACAAAGAUGGAUGGUUGCCCCUCCAUGAUGCUGCUUACUAUGGAAAAGAGAGCUGUGUGAAGCUGCUGCAGAAAUCUUAUCCUGGGACAAUUGAUCAACGUACACUCCAGGAGGAAACGGCACUCUACUUAGCAACAAACAGAGGAAAUAUUGAUUGUAUGCGUUCAUUGCUACAGGCUGGAGCAGAACCUGAUAUUUCAAACAAAGUUCGGGAGACCCCCCUUUAUAAAGCCUGCGAACGCAAAAAUGCCGAAGCUGUGCAGCUGUUGUUGCUGUACAAUGCUGACACAAACCAUCGCUGCAAUCGGGGAUGGACCGCUCUCCACGAAGCUGUUGCUCGAAAUGAUUUGGAAAUAAUAGAUCUUUUGGUCAAAGGGGGUGCCAAAGUUGAAGCUACCAACUGUUAUGGAAUUACCUCCUUGUUUGUGGCGGCUGAGAGUGGCCUCUUAGAAGCCUUACGAUAUCUUGCCAAGUGUGGUGCUGAUAUCAAUACUCAAGCCAGUGACAAAGCAACUGCUCUCUACGAAGCUGCUAAAAACGGACAUGAUAACGUUGUAGAGUUUCUCUUAUCCCAAGGUGCUGAUGCUAACAAAACCAAUAAAGAUGGCUUCUUGCCUAUUCACGUGGCCUCCAAAAAAGGCUAUUAUGAGAUUGUUAAAAUGCUGCUCCCAGUAACUAGCCGCACUCGAAUCAAGCGAAGUGGCAUCAGUCCUCUACAUUUGGCUGCUGAAUGCAACCGCGAUGAUGUCUUGGAAGAGCUGAUUGAAGCUGGCUUUGAUGUGAAUGCCAUUCUUUCUCCUGAACGUGCUCGGCUCUAUGAGGACAGGCGCACCAGUGUCCUAUAUUUUGCAGUUUUUAACAACAAUGUCUAUGCUACUGAGCUGCUGCUUGAGGCCGGGGCCAACCCCAAUGUUGACCUCAUCAACCCUCUGCUUAUUUCUAUCCGCCAUGGCUGCUUGAAGACAAUGAAGCUUCUUCUUGAUCAUGGAGCCAAUAUUGAUACCUACAUUGCCUCCCACCCAACUACUUUCCCUGCUACCAUCAUGUUCUCAAUGAAGUAUCUUACUCUGCUGAAAUUUCUGAUGGAUCUGGGCUGUGAUGCCAAAUCUUGUUUUAAGUGUCGGUAUGGAAGUGGCCCACAUCCUCCCAUUGACACCAGGAGGGACAGACAUUAUGAACCCCAGGUGCAUCAAGAGCAAAGCACUGUACAGUUUUGUGAAAUGGUUUCAGCUCCAGAGAUGAAUCGCUGGGCAGGGCCUAUUAUUGACGUUCUUUUGGAUUAUGUGGGUAAUGUACAACUUUGUUCCCGGCUAAAGGAGCAUAUUGACAGUUAUGAAGGUUGGUCUAACAUCAAAAUCAAAGCAGAACCACCAAGGCCACUUGCCCACCUCUGCCGGAUCAAAGUUCGCAGUGUGAUUGGGAAGAAUCGAAUUGCACUCAUUGAUACCUUGCCUCUGCCUGGGAGGUUGAUUCGCUAUUUACAAUAUGAUUAUACCCAGUGACCUUAGGUGAACCUGGCAUUCAAACAUUUCAUGGAGAGACAGCCAUAUUCAUGAUAGAACACAGUCACAUGAUGAGAGGGAAACUGAUAUGGAAGAAAAUACUUGCUUUACUCUGUAAGAAGACAGCCAUCUGAGUAGGAUGGUGUAAAUUGGUGUCCUGCAACAGCAGGGGGUUGGAACCAAUGUCCUUCAUGGCUCCUUCCAAAUCUACUAUUUUAUGAUUCUAUGAAGAAGAAAGGCUGCCUUUAAAUCAGCAUCACUGAAUGAGCUAAUCAAUAUUAUUUAUGUUAUAGGAAUGAUGUAUGGAAAUCAGGGUCAAUUAUCUAGACAGCAAAUGAGGGCAGAAGUAUUACACUACUUUCCAGAUACAUACAACAGUUUUGAAUUGCUAAGCACCUCAGUAUGACUACUUACUUGAGGAAGAAAAAGAGAAAUAGCAGUCAGGGCAGUCUUAAAAUACUGAUUCACUCAGACGGAUAUGUGUGAAACAGGUGAUCACACAAUAACGUUUGUAGUGGCAAUCACAAGAAAUGCUGCCAACUAUAUUCAUGAUCUGCUGGUUCACACAUUCUGUGUGUUUUCACAACUUGCUACAUACACAGAGACAAGCAGGAUUACUCAGGUUGAGAACAGAUUUAUUUUCUGAAUGGACCUAUAGGCAAAGGCAUCUUGAUCUGAUUGUAAGGAUCUUUUAAAAAAGCAACAACUCAACAAUAGUUACAUUUCAUCUUGUUUCAUUUCAUCAUUUGGGUUUUAUUUCAGCUGCUAAUUCUGUAUCAUUGGACACCACCUCAUUCAUAUAUUUUUUUUCCUUUUAAUUUAGUGGGUCCUUCUAAGUCUAACAAUAAUAAAAACCUUACGCCUUUAAUAGCAAUCUUAGUUCAUUCAUUAUAAAUCGUUUUGUACAUCUUAGCUCAUGUGAAGAGCUCAUAACUUAAAUAAAAAUUAAACUUACCAAGUAAGAAUUGAAGGAUGCAGAAAAUAUGCAUGUAUAUUAUAUUAAGUAGGCAUAAGAUGCAAGUAGAAUUUUAUUUCCAUCUGUUUUAAUACAUUACCCUUCAGUUCUGAUGUCAAGGAAGCCAGUGUUAAGUCUUCUUUGUAGCAGUAAUGAAGAAAAGUGUAGAUUCAGGUCUAGCUGCUGUUGCUGAAAAGCAAUGUCAACAGUUUGCACAACUCCAAUUAGAUGUUGGAUCAAUUCUAGAUAGGGUACUUUUGUUUAACUGUCAUUGUGAACUGAAAAUGCUGAUGUAUAGCGAUAUGAUGGCUAAACAGCCACCCAAACUGAAUAUGUUUAACAGUGAACAAGCUAUGGCUUAUAUGUAAUAACUAGUAGCUAACAGCAGUAAAUAACUGCUUCACAGUAAAACCAUGGUUUGGCUGGAGUGCAUUUAAAUGAGUCAACUAGGUGACAUCAAGUCAUUAGAGGGUAAAUUCA